AGUGCAGUCGAACUUUUAUUUUUAAAAGAAAACCCUAGAAAAUAUUUAACUGGCGCCCGAAUAGGGACCUCGCCAGUGUGGGAAGAGUAUAAAGUUUUGUGUUGUGAAUUCGUAAAAAAGUGAAGAAAUCAAAUUCAACAAUUAGGUUCAACGAGCCUUCAUCACGAAACCGAAGCGGAACCAGGACACCGAGUUUGUUAAACUCAAUCGCUAUUAGGACCCCGAGUAGCAGCCCAUCAAGGACGGCAAAAGGAUUUACCCCGACAUAGCUGCCUGGUUUUCCCCCCACCAAGCGAGGUUAGCGUGGAAUCAACACAAAAAGUCCAACUCUUGUUUCGACAUGUUGGCAUUUAUACUGUUACUGACGCAAAUCUCUGGACCUGUCAUGCCACAAACGAUUUCGGUACAUAAGGCAGACAACCUACCUCUUUUCAUAUACGACAAAGGAUACGGCCGAAUACAAAUCAACUAUCAUUACUACAUCCAUCAUUUUAAAUUAGAGCCGUUCAAAGUUCACGUAAAAGAUCUAAAGUCGAAAUUCAAUGAAAUAGAAGCAAAUCAGUUUACUAAUCUUAUACUAGAUAAAUUCAAUGAGUUAGAUACAAACAUAAAAAAAUCUUUUGCCAAUAAAGAGAAGAAAACGAUGGAAUCAAUUAGGAACAGCAUGGAAAUACCUAGCAGGAAGCCCCGAUGCUAACGAUCUCAAGAUUAUCAAUAGUUCUAUCAACGGCCUUAUCAACAAUAACAAUGAGCAGGUUAGAAUCAACAGAGAAAUUUCACUACAAAUGAAAGAAACCGUGUUUAAAACAAAAGAAUCUAUUCAACUGCUUAAUCUUGAGUCAUCUGAAUUGUAUAACAUACUCUUGAACUUAAAAUUCCUGAAUGACAAAUUAAAUCAAAUUAUACAAACAAUAACGCUAGCAAAAGUAGGGAUGCUUAAUGAACAAGUACUGAGCCAGAAUGAAAUAGAGUUAAUUAUUGAAGAUCUAAGUAAAGAAAAUGUAACUGUUUGGAACACCGCUGAAGCAUUAACUUAUGUCACUACAUCUAUUGUAACCAACGAACAUGAAAUAGCACUUUUACUCAAACUACCAAAGCUAGACCCGAGAAUCUUCAGAAAAAUCUUCAUUCUACCAACAUGGUUCAAUCGUCAACAAAUCCACAUCUCCAACCAUAAUUAUCUUAAUCAUGAAGACCAGUACUAUAUUGUGAGCAGCCUGCAGCCAAGAAUUUUCGAUGCCAAAGACAUUACACCUGACUCAACAGUAUGCGUACCAUACCUGCUUAACGGAAAACCAGCAAAAUGCGAUUAUCUAGCCAACCCAGCGGAAGAAAUCAUUUCAAUUGACAGCCAACAUCUCAUCACGAAUGUGUUAGACAAUUUCACCCUGCACACCAACUGUGGCUUAUCCGAGAGGAACCUGUCGGGUACUUACCUGAUUUCAUUCAACAACUGUGAGGUAACAGUUAACAACCAAACGUUUUCAAACUAUAACCGGAACAUAACUGGAGAACCUAUUCAUUUGCCGAUGUAUGGCAUACCUAUAGAAAAACAACGUAUUGUUGUUAAUCUGAGCUUACAUCAUUUGCAUAAUCUGCACCUAGAGACAAGAAAAGAGAUGGAAGAAAUCCGUUUAAACGCCACUAGUAUACAAUGGCCACAUUGGACAAUUUUUGGAGGACUAUCAUUUACUCCCAUUGUCAUAAGCAUUAUUUUCUUUUUGUUCAUUUCCCGCCAUAGAAGAUCAGAAGUCAAAAUCCAGAUGAAUCACCAAAAGCAGGCCCCAGAUGAAGCAAAGAGAUUCCAAAUAUUACCAUUAAGUGAAAUUCUUCGUAUGGAACCUCACACUUAAAGGGGGAGAAGUUAACGAUUGAACCCUAGACACAACCAGCCCAUCGUCAGCAUAAUCGCGUAUCGCAUGAGAAGCGAUAUGAGCCGCCGCAGAUAAACAAACAUCAUUUCUGCUGAGUGGACAACCACCACGGGACUGUCAUCAGUUAGUUUACAUAUAGCCUGGAGAGAUGAAAUAAAAUAGUCUUAACUUCAUCACCGACAAGUGCAGUCGAACUUUUAUUUUUAAAAGAAAACCCUAGAAAAUAUUUAACUCGCGCAAAGCGGUUGCUACAGAAAUCAAGUGGACAAAACAACAUUAGUAAUUUGGAGAACUUAUGAUCAGAAUUGAGGUCAUCGAAAUGCGUUAAUUUAAUAGUUUAGCUAUGUAAAACUGAUACAAAUGGUGUGCAAGCAUGAUGUUUACAAUAUUUGUGAGUGUUAUUAUCCAGAAAAGGUCUGAAUACGUGCCAAAUAAUCAACUGGUGAUAGAUUAAAGAAUAGCUCAAAUGAGGGGCGCAUUGACACCAAUAGAAGAUUCGCUACUGAACAAGUUCGAUGAUGUCAAACAAAUCUCCAACUGGUUCUUCAAAGGGCAUAUUUUGAGCGACUUUAUCGAGAUUUUAUGAGGAGACAGUUUGACCUGAUUUGGGACGCGAUCGACGACGAAGUGGUCGAGGCUCGGCUUGAGGAACUCUAGCCCAAAAUGUCCGAUCUGUGAUCGGUGAUCGAGAUGCCCGACACCGAAGCAUCGGUUCUGUCAUAACAAAAUCACCCAAAUCUCAAAUUAAAAUAUCUGAGUCAGGCAGUCUUUGCCCAAGAUCCACGUAUAAAUAGCUGUGCGUUGAUUUGCUAUGCGCUCGAGAAGCUACCGCUGCCCCAGGAGUAGGUGCUCGACGAAUUGCGGAAUAUGCUGAGCCCGUUGGACGAGGAUCUGCGGAUGCAGCAAUGGGAUAGCAUUUGAAGGAAUCAUUAUGUUAUUUUUAGGAAGGAAUUAUGAUGUUAUUUUAAUCGUACAGAUUUCUACUGUAAUGGUGAAAUGAAAAACACUCUAGAAUGAAUGGAAGGGCAUAUAUUAUCUCGUAGACAAAUUCCAAGAUAAUCACAGGAAAUGAACACAUUACACAUAUAAAUAAAUAGUGCCGCUAGCUUCUUACGGAAUGUUAUUAUUUUUUCGGUCUUAAAAUUGUACACUUGUUUCUGAGACUGUUGAACCAAUAUGUGGCAACAGAACGUGUGAAAAAAUCAUGCUAUUUGUGUAUGUUUAGAAACAAAAUAACUGAGCAUAUGAAUGACUACACCACAACUGGACUAAAUUUAGUUAUUCUAAAGUGGGGCGGAAGUAUUUACAAUAGGUGCUGCAAGAACACCGUUAUGAUCCAGGAUGCGCUAAUGCCCGUGAGGGCUGCUCUUACUUUGACCAUGCUCCUGAUGUGCCACACAAUAUGAAAACGCUCGUGGUUGCCGCAGCAGCUGUGGUUUAAAAAGUUUCGGUCUGCAAACAGCUGCAUGUAGCCGGAAUAUUUGCAGCAAUGUGUACCUGUCAAUCCACUAUAUAA